AACAACCCCCCAGUUGCCAGCACCCCCUUAUUACAACAGCAAGCCAGACAUCAAAACACUGCGUGUCUCUCCUUGCUCUCUCUCUCUUUCUUCUUUUCACUCUUUCCCUACUCCUCUUCUUUAACUCUUUUUCUCUCUUAUUGAAUAUCGCAUACAAAAAAAAUGACGUUUGAUUUUGAGGAACAGCACGACAGUUUAUUUGACAGCAGCAGCACAUCAGCAUCGUCACAAGAAGGACUAGCAGUUUGCCUAGGAGAAGACCUUCGUUUUGGCAAAGGCGUGGCAUCUGCAUUCAAGCAACGGUUCGGAAAUCAUCAGCAUCAACUACAGACACAAAAACGUGUUGUAGGACAAGUCGUUCAUAUCACCGUCGCCGGGGCUUCUUCACCUGUGAAACGCCACGUGUUUUAUCUGAUAUCGCGUGCAAAAGUAUACAAUCGCACCAAUUAUGCAGACUUUGAAGCAUGUCUGGUACAGUUGCGCAAAGCAACAGAACAAUUGGGCGUGUGGCGCUUAGCGGUUCCUCAUGAUUUUGGUACGGAUGGGUUACAGGAGAAGCAUAUCAAGGAGCUCUUGUUCAAGGUCUUUCAUGGAUGGCAAGGCAAGAUGGUAAUGUACAACGGUGACAGUGUUUAAAAGUUGCCAAAGACUGUGCACCCCUUGCACUACACCCUUCUAUAUUCUUUUUGUUUCGCGUGUAUAGUACACUCUCCAUUUAUAGAAACAGCUCAUUCAUUGGUCCCUAAAACCCCAAUUUACAAUAUGCAUUUCCUACAACCAUGCUUUGCUUUUUUUAUACAGUAAACGUAAAGAGUACGGCACCAUCAUUCAACAAUAGUAAACAACGCUGUGAGAGUGAAUCUAAAUUGUUAUUUCUAUGGAAAUACAUCGUAUAUAUAUUACAUCCGGUGUGAGUUCGUCCGACUAGGCUUACAAGGUAGCAGAAUAGAAGGACAGCUCUUUCUUACACUAUUGUACCA